AUGCGUGAAAAAUGUAGAUUGUGUCUGGGUAGAAUAGGUUAUCGGAAAGAUAGUUCUAUAGUAGACGAAGCAUUCAGCCCCAUGCUUAGCAGUGUUUUCUCCUUUCCGCUUCCGCGGACUGAACCCAAUUUGCCGACAACAGUUUGUGCACGAUGCGUGACGAUGGUACGCGAAUUUCACAAUUACAGCACAUUGGUGCAGAACAAUCAAGAAAUUCUAAUGCGCGAGUAUGUAAAUCUGGUGAAUCCCGAUUUGGAAAACAUGCAGUAUACGAAAGUUCCGUCACAGAUUGAAUCGAUUGAUGAGGAGGAGCACCCAAUGGCAGAUGUGGAAGUAAUGUCGGAUGAUAAGGAUGACUCUCUGUCAGACGACGACUUGAGAAGUGCUGUACUGAAAGUUGUUUUGCAGGACGACCAUGACCGCCAUGAUCGAAACAAAUGCGUCAAGACUGAACUAUCGGAUAAGAGCCUUUUGCAUGAAAAUGAUCGUAUAAUUCAGGAGUUCAUCACGAUGCGCUGCGAGCUGUGUCCGGCCAGGACCGAGCAACAUUUCGAUCGAUUUCAUGCGCUACAGAUGCACUACCGCAAGCAACACCAAUGUCGUGGCUAUCUGCGCUGCUGUGGGAAGCAAUUCUAUCGCCGAUUUCGCGUAAUGGAACACAUUGUAUCGCACCGUGGAAUGAUUCGUUGCGAACUGUGCAACAAAACGUUUACCAGCAAAAGCUACCUGAUACGACACACGGCUGAGCAGCAUAUGGCCGCGCAGAAAAGUAAAUCUUAUGCCUGCGUACACUGUGAUCGUACAUUCCUCACGAAAAAGCGACGGGACGUGCAUCGCACUGUGCACGAUAGAACCGUGUGCAAGAUAUGCGGCAAAUCGGUCAGGAUUCGGUACAUGAAGCAACAUAUCGCCCAAAUACACGACACGCCUCGCAAGUGCUACAUGUGUGACUUGUGUGGGAAGAAUUUUACUAGCAGCUUGUCGCUGGAUCGGCACAUCAAGCAGCACCAAGGCAUACAGUCGAUCGAGACGCUACAGUGUGUGCACUGUGGCAAGCAGCUACGCGGAAAGUACAACAUGCUGAAGCACAUCCAGCGUAUGCAUCAGGAGGUGGGUAACGUAUAUACCUGCGACGAAUGUGCACACGAAAGCCCCAACAGUUUCGCCCUGAAGGAGCACAAGAAACGGGUCCACUCGGGCGAACAGUUUGAGUGCGAACACUGUGGCAAGCGGUUUAAGCGCAAAGUUUAUCUGACGGAACACAUUGCCGCCCUGCACACGCGGAUACCGCUGUACAUGUGCGAGUUCUGUGAGGCAACGUUCAAUUCGAAGGCCAACUACUACAGUCAUCGAAAAAUACGGCAUGCGGAAGAAUGGGAUUGUCUACAGGAAGAGAAAAUCACUCAGGAACUGAAAGGAUAA